GUUUUCUAGCGAUGAUGGUACUGCGGGGCGACAAGGACAGCACGAAGUCAAUGGUGCUCCCAGGCACAGUCGCUCUUUGAAUUCGACGACGUCGGCUUCCGCACCAUCAGCUUCGCCGUGUUUGGCAACUUCCUCAUCGACGUCAUCGGCAACCUUAGUUCAUGGCAUGUCAAGGAUCAAGUCGGAAAUUGCGGAUAGCACUUCUUUUGCCAGUCUUUCGACGAUGGACUCUGAACUCAUCGUUAUUCCAGAUAGCGACGAUGAAGAAGAGUUGGCACCUCCCGUGCCGCCGAAACGUGCGAAGCGCGAGAUGAACACAGAGUCCUUUCAAACAUUCGGACAUGGUGCACUAUUCGACGGACAAGGGUUAUUUAGCAGCAGCAGUAGCAGCACGACCGCUGAAAAGUCGCUUCUUUGCGACGAAAAUGCAGUUGACAGAGGAAGCGGAAACAUUUUUAUCAAUGCUGAGUCUAGAACCACGACGACCGCUUGUGUUUUUACUAAACUUGAGUCGCGUAGUAGUUGCCCUGCAGCUGGUGCGUAUUCUUCUGGUACUCAAUUUGCAGACCGGCAGAGCCAAGGAGCGUGGCUUUUUGAUGCGGAGCAGGCCGUUGUAUCGUGGAAUGCCUCUGCGACACAAGUCGAAGGAUUACCCUCCCGAGGCUAUCCGGGUUUCAACGUGGGAGGAGAAACUCUUCGAGGAAAAGAUAAAGAAAAGCCAGAUAACCCUAUUGAGGCAUUGCGACAGCGCUUGGAAGAGCUAUCAAUCAAAGAUCAAGACAUGUUAAGGCUGUACCGACCGGCUCGAGGGUUGCCCGAAAUAUCGACUCCUGAAGAUGAGGAUAGCGAAGAUCACGAACGCCCAUUAGUCUUACGACAGGACGACAGACCCUCUGAUGACUGCACUAUCGCUACAGGUAGUAGUUACAACGGAAUGCAUCAAGAGCAGCAGAACGCAGUGGGAUCGCACGAUGGGGCAAACUACGACUCGUUUCGGGCUAUGCUGUAUUUCGAAGAGCAAGAUGGAGUCUCUGCCCCCGAAGCUGACCCAUUGCAACAACUCGUGAAGCCAAAUGUAUCUACGUGGCUAACACAUGAGCCAUGCUUGCUCGAGUUGUCGAAGGAAAAGUUUUUAUUUCGAGACAAAUGGAGGGAUGCUGUGGAGAACAAGGACGAGCCUGGUGGAGGGAACAUCAAUAUCAGAAGAGGGGCAAAGACGAAGAGCGAGGACCAACAGCAAUCUUCAACACUUCUCGAAUGUGGUGCAUCAUCUUCACCACCUUCGUCUUUGGAUGUCCAUUUCCAUUUUCCGAAGAUGCUGCAGCCUCAAGAGCAGGUUUGCGCUGCGACGGCCCGCUCCAUGUUGUUCGGGAAACAUGCGGUCUUGGAAUCUCCAACUGGAACUGGAAAAACUGCGGCGCUUCUUUGCGGCGCGCUUGCGGCACAGCGGUUUCUAGCUACGCGCUACGGUCGUGCGCCGCAAAUCAUCUAUGCGACGCGCACGCACGGGCAGGUAAAACAGAUAGUAGCGGAGAUUGCGCGUAGCGUUUACAGGCCAAGCGUCGUUGCUUUGAGCAGUCGGAGUAAAGGCUUGUGCGUGAACCCACAAGUCGUCGGUGCUCGUGGA